AUGGCAAUUAUUCUUCUUACACAUAUAUACAACGCAAUUAUACGAACGGAAUACGUUCCAGUGCAGUGGAAAAAGGCACAAGUCAUCAUGCUAUUGAAACCAGGUAAGCCAUCUGAACGAGUUACCUCAUACAGAUUCAUAUCGCUUCUUUCAAGUUUGUCGAAGCUCUUCGAAAAACUUCUUCUUAUACGAUUAAAACCUCUUAUAGAGGAAAAAAAACUUAUACCAGACCAUCAGUUCGGAUUUCGAAACAAACAUUCAACCAUAGACCAAGUACAUCGCGUCACAAACGUCAUUAACAAAGCUCUGGAAGAAAAAAAGUAUUGUUGUNCAUAAAGGACUACUCAUAAAAUUUCGUGAACAGCUGUCACACACUUGGUGUGCGCUAUUAGAAUCUUAUCUGACGGACCGGCAAUUUCGAGUCAUUACACGAAGAAGCAAUAACAAAUUGGAAAAAUAUAUCAGCUGGAGUACCACAAGGUCCUAGGACCUAUUCUCUACUUAAUCUACACAGCCGAUAUCCCAACCAACACCGACUCAACAACAGUUAUGUUUGCUGACGAUACAGCAAUUUUAACAACAAGUAAGGACCAACGGGCUGCGACAGACAACUUACAGAUCUCAAUCAAUAAUAUUUAUAAUUGGACAAGACAUUGGAAAAUAAAGAUCAACAGUGACAAGUCAGUACACCUAAAUUAUACUUUACGUAAAACUGUAAAUAUCUCUGUAUUGUUGGACCACACAAUAAUUCCACAAAAAGAUUCAGCUAAAUACCUGGGUAUGCAUCUCGACUCCCGGUUGAAUUGGAAACACCAUGUCCGCCAAAAAAAAUUGCAAAUCAAAGAAAAAAUGCGUAAAUUGUACUGGCUAUUUGGAAGGAAUUCCACGCUAGACCUGACUAACAAACGCCUUCUAUACGUAUCCAUCAUCAAACCGAUCUGAACCUAUGGCAUACAACUGUGGGGUUGUGCCAGCAAAUCUAACAUUCAAAUCAUUCAACGUUGUCAAAAUAUUGCCCUUCGGACCAUUGUUGCAGCAUACCAAUUCGACAGGAAUGACGUCAUACAUCAUAAUCUCAAGAUACCAUCCAUCCAGGACGAAAUCAGAAAGUUCGCUAACAAACAUGUAAAUAGACUAGAGUUGCACACUAAUGCAGCUGCAAAACUACUUGACAACUCACAAGACAUCAGGUGCCUCAAACGCUUGAAGCCCUACGACUUAGUUUAUGUAAUUUAGACUAAGGAAAGGGGAAAUCUCAUUGGAGAAUCAACCCCAAACAUGUUUAAGUAUACUAUGUAUAUUAUAUUAUGUAUAAUUACUACUUUAUACUCAUUUAAUUGUAUUUAUAAAGACUACUUGUCGUUUAAAUAAAGAU